AUGGAUGCCCACGCUCUCCUCAAGUCCCAAGGAUGGCGAGGCACUGGGCACUCCCUCCACCACACCGAUGACUCGAUCGGCCUUGCAAGACCCCUCCUCGUCUCACGGAAAGACAACACUCUGGGCAUCGGUCGCAAGAACCAUGUUACCAGCGACCAGUGGUGGCUCAAUGCCUUCGAUGAGCAGCUCAAGGGUCUCGACACAUCGAAGAAAGGCGUUGUCGUCCAAACGGUCAAGCACACCAAGCUGGACAUGAUGGCGGUCGGCACCGGCAAGUACGCCGGCGCAGGUGGGCUCUAUGCGUCGUUCGUUCGAGGUGGCAUGCUGGAGGGCACCCUCACUCUGAACACAACGGCCAGCGAGUCUACAGAUACGACACCGGAAACCGAAGACAGACCUGCGCCCGUAAGGAUAGAGACCAAGGAGGAGCGACGGGCCAGAAAAGAGGCAAAACGAUUGCGCAAAGCACAGAAACAAGCUCGCAAGACGGCUUCCGAGGCAACAUCAGAGUCUGCGAAGGAAGACUCUUCGUCAACAAAAGCCACUGAAACAAAAGAGGAACGACGUGCAAGGAAGGAAGCCAAAAGGAAGAGGAAAGAGGAGAAGAAGCGCAGGAAAGAGCAAGCCGGUUGA